UGGUCAUGAAAUCGACAGUAGCUCCAACACGAGGAGGACGGCAGCAAUUAGUUUCGUAUGAAGAAAUUAGAAACGAUUAUAAUGCAUUUUUAGAGACGUACGAGAAGCCUACACAGAUAUAUAGAUACUUGAGGAGGAGGCAUUCCGUGUCGCCUGUCUUCUUGCAUCGAAAUCUAAUAUACAUGGCCAAGUUAAAAAAGAAGAGACACAUCAAAAGGAAGGACUUCAGUACUUUAUUUCUAAACGAAAUGGUGUGUGCAAGUGCCCCACCUCCGACCCCUGUCCCAAGAGUUUCGGGAUCGCUCAAGAUUACAUUUGAAGGAUUCUACGAGGCACACGAUGGCAGCCAAGAAGACAGUGCAAGGAAGACGUCGAGUAAGGAAAUCUCCGUUGACUCAUUUCUCUUCCGAGUUGGUUACAAACACGGAAAGGCCGCGAUUCCACAAUUCCGAGAGAUUCCACUUGGUCGGAGGCAAGUGGCGUGUAUAAGCAAAGCUACUGUUGAUGAUACGUCCAGUGGUGGUCUUACAUUAGCGUCGUUGACUGUACCGUAUGACAUGCUGUUUCACCAAGAGAAUGAUUAUUCUUGUGGAACGUUGGUUGACUACAAACUCGUGUUGCGUGUGAAUCAAGGAGGUAACAGCCAGAGUGCGUAUUCUAAGAAAGUCGUUGCUCCUCUUCAGAUCAUCGGGCAGCAGCCGGGGAUCAACUACGACGAACUGGAAUGGGAUUCGAGCUCGAGUUGUAGCAAUGGUGACGGGACGGAGGAAAAAUCGGAUCUUGUUGGUUUGCAAUCUCUGGUUGCUCAGCUGCCGAUGUCAGAUUCGAGUCACAAGCUGUUGAUGCCGAGUGGUCGUUACGAAGUUGCAAUGUGUCCUAACAUGUCUGAUUCAUCGCGUAGACACGAAAGCGGCCAGCAUUUGACAUGGGAAAGCUCAUCGUCUAUGACUACUGACUUGUGCAGACAACUCCACUCCCAUCCAGUUUUAGUCCUGUCAGUACUAUGGGAGAGCGGAGAUCCAUUAUACUUGCCCAGUCCUUCUGUCAUGCCAACUGGCAAAUGGGAAAUGCCAAAAUGGGCACUGGACCACUACCCAAAGAAAUAUGGAUGGACUGCUAAACGUGGGCAAGUUCUUCCUCGUACAAACGAAUCACUCGUUCCACAUCAGAUCGUAUUUCACUAUUUGUAUUACGGGAACCUGAGACAGACAGAGACGAGACACAAUCUCAAUUGUCCAUUGUGUGACGUGAAGUGCCCGAUGCUGUAUAGCCUGCUGAAGCACCUCCAAUUGUGUCAUUUCCAGUUCACGUUUACAUACAUGCUUGAAUGCAAGGUACACCAAGUUGAGGUGAAAUUGAACACGAAUUAUCAAUGUACAGAUGAGAUCCAGAAGAAUGUGUUCGUCUGCAGACCAGUCAGGAACAAGCCAAGCAUGACAGAGUUCAUGGCCUCGUCGGAUGCUACUACAGCGAAAGGCUCGAGCAUAUUUGCCACCCCUCAUGGCAGGAUGUGCUAUCACUCAGCUACGAGUAUGCCCAUACACGUUAACGAACUAGAUGAUGACAGCGAGGAAGAACUCGACCCAGAAUGGAUGCACAGCAAGAUGGAAAUGAUGAUUGAUGAGUUCACUGAUGUGAAUGAUGGUGAGAAGGCAUUUAUGAAGCUAUGGAACAAACAUGCAAUGAAAAUCAAUCCUUAUGCUGAUCGACAUGUGCCGUUCAUUUGCCGGGACUUUGUUCUCAAGUAUGCACAGACGAUCAAGGAACGAAACCUGACAAGAAAUUUAGCUCUGCAUCUAGCCAGUGCAUGCGAUUUCCACUUGAUAUCACCACGUGACGUACUAGAAUGCAUGCAGAUUGUACACAACGUUCAACAACAGUCAUCAACUUAA